CCGCCGGGUCCCCGCAGCGCAGCCGCCAUCGCCAUCACCGCCAUAGCCACGCGGGGCCUCUCGGGCGCCCGGGGCUGUCCGCGGCGCUGCCUGAGCCGGCCCGGGGCGGGUCCGCCUGGCCAAGGACGCCGCCGCCGCCGAAGGCGAAAUGCUGGAGGCCCCACCCCUGCUGUUGGCAGCCUUCUCAUUGGGCCUGGUGCUGCUGGUGCUGCUGCUGUGCCACUCCUACUCGGGCUUCCUCCUUAUCUACUGGAAUGAGUUCGUCCUGCAGCCCCUCUACAACCUGUUCAUGGGCGACACCAAGGAGCAGCGCAUCCUGCGUCAUGUGCUGCGGCAUGCGGUGGCCGGGGACCCACAAAGUGUGCUGGAGGCCAUCGAUACCUACUGUUUACAGAAGGAGUGGGCUAUGAAUGUGGGUGACAAGAAAGGCCAGAUCUUGGAUGCAGUGGUGCGGGAGCAGCGCCCAUCGGUGCUGCUAGAGCUGGGGGCCUACUGCGGCUACUCAGCUGUGCGCAUGGCCCGCCUGCUGGAGCCCGGGGCCCGACUGCUCACCAUUGAGCUCAACCCUGACUACGCCGCCAUCACCCAGCAGAUGCUGGACUUUGCAGGCCUGCAGGACAGGGUAACCGUUGUGGCCGGGCCAUCCCAGGACAUCAUCCCCCAGCUGAAGAAGAAAUACGAUGUGGACAUGCUAGACAUGGUCUUCCUUGACCACUGGAAGGACCGGUACCUGCCAGACACUCUUCUCCUGGAGGAGUGUGGCCUGCUACGGAAGGGGACAGUGUUGCUGGCCGACAACGUCAUCUGCCCAGGAACACCAGAAUUCCUGGCAUAUGUGCGCAACAGCAGCCGCUUUGAGUGCACACACUUCACCUCGUACCUGGAGUACUCUACAGCAGUGGAUGGCCUCGAGAAGGCGGUCUACAUGGGCCUGGAUGGCCCAGCACAGCCUUGACCACCCACCCACCCUGCUCCAGGCUCCCUUGCCAAGCCUGGUUAUGAAAAGCACAACAGAUGCAUUCCUGCCAACCCUGCUUUUGCAGUUCUGGGGUCUGUCCUCAAUGUAGCACACUUGAGGCUUGUGAGGCCAAAGCCUGCCUACACUGGACCCUCUGCACGGCGACUCUGGGCUGUCACCACUGGUCCACCCUAAGUGCAGCCAGCUUACCAUGCAAAAUCACUGGAAUACAUCUGGAAAGUACGUUUGUAAAUACCAAUCAGGACAGGUGGUGCCUGUGAUGGUGUCACUCACUCCCACCAGCAUUUUCGAUCAAUUAGGUUUCUUACAUCGACAGGUCCUCAGGCACUGACAUAUUCAGCAGACAUUGGAAGUUGGGGGUGGGGGGGGGAAGUUGGGAACAUUUGGAAACUGUUGGGCUGUGCACUUAGUCUGUCCUUCAGGUUUGCCAUCACCAGGUGGCAGCAAUGCCUCAGUGAUGGCACUGUGCCCAACAACUCCUAUCCACUUGUGAUUCCUGCAUUCUUUCACCUUCUUGUAAAGAAUGAAACACAACUUUACUAACAUCAGCUCAGUGUUAAUAAUCCUAUAUGUCAGUAUCACAUUUAAAAGAUGCUAAAAGAGAAAUUAAAAAUCUAAAUAUUUAAAUAAAA